CUCACUACCUUUUCCGCGCAGUCGCACACGCACAGCCCGUCGCCGCAGCUGAACGGCGGGGGCGGCGUGGGGGCGCGGCGCGGCUCGCUCGACCUGCUGGAGGAGCACGUGGGUGGCAGCGGCAGCCGCGUCGACACCACCUCCAACGUGCGCGUGUCCGCCAUGCUGGGCAACCUCAACUCGCGCGCCGACUCGUGGGACGCCAUCGCCAAGACGCGCAACCUGCUCUCCUACGGCUCGCUCGAGUCGCUCGCCAACCUGGCCGCGCGGCCCGAGGACUCCGCCGGCGCCUCGCAGACGGCCUCUCGCGGGUCUCCUCUGGGCAUCGUGAACGCCGUGGUGACAGGCGACGCCUUGAAGCUGGUACCCGUAAACCGCCAGGCGUCCUUCGACAUCGAACUGCCCGACGGCAGCACAGACCCCCUCGACGUCACAGUCUCCAUCACAGCGCCGUCGCGCCGGCCGGUUGCCGCGCACGUGUUCGCGCGAGGCGCCCGCCUGGUGGCGCAGUUCACGGCGUCGGAGGUGGGCGAGCACGCGGUGGACGUGCGCGUGCGCGACGCGCGCGUGGCCGGCGCGCCCUUCCGCACGCACGCCUACGACGCGCGCGCCAUCGCCGUCGGCCGCAUCCCCGACGGCGUCGUCGGCCGGCCCGUCGAGUUCGAAAGUGAGUAG